CCAAUCGGUCUCGACCUUUUCCAGACGCAUUACAAGCGAUCGCAUUCUUGCCUCUGCCGUAAUGACUGAUGUAUUAGACCAUGAGUCGCAUGCGCUCCGGAGCCGUGUCCUUAACCUCUUUAAUCAAGCAGAUGGAAUGCUCACUCAGAAGCAUUUUGUUAACGAAUUUAAGGACGUCUCACUGACUGAAAUACUGCCGAUUCUCAACUCUCUGCAGAAAGAGGGACUCCUCGAUGUUCUAGUUAACCAUGAUAGGACAUUAUCGUGGAAAUUGCGUGAUGAAUGCGAUAUAAAUAAGAUCAAGCAGCUCUCAGAUAUAGAAGAGAUUUUAGUCUACAAUGCGAUUAGAAAGACGGGAGAAGAUGGGGCUACACUAAGAGUCAUAGGCCAUGAGUCUAAAAUCCCUCAAAAUAAAAUUUCUAGAAUUUUGAAGUCUCUAAUAACAAAGGCUUUUAUAAAAGAAUUACCCACUGCUUCUGGGCAGAAGCAGAAAGUAUAUCUGCUAUACGACGUAAACCCAAGCAAAAAAUUGGCAGCAACGACCCUUUUUGCUGGGGAAAACGGAGUCGAUGUGGAGUUUAUUUCAAUGCUCCGUGCUGCUGUUCUCAAAUACUUUCGAGACAAGGUAUGA